UGUCUAUUCAACUUUGGGGUAUUUGAGUGAUUCAUUUACGGUUUAACAAUAAAAGCAUCUUGUUGUAUUUAUUAAUAUGUUACCAGAACCAGAAGAUUUUCCAGCGAUAUUUUAUGAAUUAUUUGAGCAUCAAAAUCAUCAAACAAGAAAACAUGUACAAUGGAAAAAAACCAAAAAGAAAAAUUCCAAAAAUUCUGAUGGGCGGGUAAAAAAUAAAAUGGAAUUGUUAUCCACAUAUGGAAAUCUUGGGCCACCUGAAGUUGAUGUACCAGGAAAUGCAUCUACGUUUGCAGUAUUUGCAUCAGUUCGCCUUGCGGUAUUAGAACGAUGGAUGCGUUGGGCUUGUCAAGAAUACCAUUUAAGCUCUUCGAGCUCCCCACCGGGAGAUUUGUCUGAAGCGGAUAGCGACACAGAAGAUUUAUCACAAUCUAGCAAUAUAAUUCUAGUUCCUGUACCAAAGAUUGUUAAUGUCGGUUUAAGAAGUGUAUUUGAAUUAAUAAGAGAAAGUCGGACAACCCAUACACAAUUAUGUACGAAAGCACUUUCAGCCUUAUUAGAUGUUUUACAAGGGCAAAAUCCAGAAGGCUUAAAAGCUGAACCACCAGAAGCUAUAGAACCGCUAUUUGAUUUAUUAUUAGAUUUAGCCACACUUCAUGGUCCUGAAACAUCAGCACCUAAUGAUGGAAAACAUUUAACGGCUGUAGCUUGUUCAUGUUUAUUAGCGUUAGUGGUUGUUAGAGGUGAUACUGGUAAAUUUUUAUCAGCUAUAGCAGCAAUUUUAAUGUGUCCGCGAGCAUUAUCCACUCAAAAUAUUCAGUUACCAACUGUAUUAACUUCACUUCAACGAUGUGUACAUAAUGUUUUACUAAGUAAAAUUGUUCGACCUGAUUGGAUAACUUAUGGAGUACCACAAAAUAGUCGAAUUGAUUCAUUUCGAGUACGACUUCCAUUAGAUGUUCAAGCAAUACGUUCUAUGUGCAGUGAUGGUCAAUAUAUUUAUUUAUUAACAUCCAAAGGAUUAUUUAAAGUGGGAUCUGGCUAUGGGGGUACAGUUAAAGGGCAUAUUUAUAUGCAUCGUACUGAUUUUUAUCCAAAUGAAAAAGGUUGGCUAGGAUUUUGUAAUAAUAAAUUAUAUUUACGGCGUAUUUUAAAACAAUGUACUGAACUUUUGGCUGUGGAAAGAGAUGGACUUUUAGUCACAGGCGCAGUAUCGUUAGAUAUUCGGGAUUCUUCAUCGUGUGUUAUGUUCUCUGACGGUGAUAAUUUAGGAAUGAUUUGUGGUGCAAAAGAUGAUGGCUUUGUUGUAAAAACAUUAAAUCCGUCUACAAAUCCCCCCACAAUGGUAAAUGAAUUAUCAUUAAAAUUAGCACGACGCUGUGUCGAUGUAUUAGGUGCUGCAGCUCAUGAAAAAGCUAUUUCUGGUAAUACUACAUUAGCUCCUACAGGAGAAGCACCGUCUACACAAUGUUUGCCUCCUGAGGAAAUUCUUUCAAUUGUUGCGGGGAAAGAAUUCACUCUGGUGAGGACAAUUAGUGGUCAUGUAAUGUAUUGUGGAAAAGCGGCAGCUCUAGGCUUGAAACAAACUGGUGGUCAAUCAGGAAAAUGGUCAGAAUUGACCCUUACUAAAUCACCGAAAGUUACACAUAUCGCGGUUGGCCAUGAAGGAAUGCAUGCAAUUUUAGUGACUGAGGAUGGAGCUGCAUUUUUUGCUGGAUUAGCACGGCGAGGUGAAGAUGGUGACCAAAAUAAAGCUAGACGCCAACCUAAACCAAGUAAACCGAAAAAAAUGAUUAAAGUUGAUGAUAAAUUCAUCGUACAUGCUGCAUGUAACAGUGCCACAACAGCUCUUGUUACACGUGACGGAGAACUUCUAAUGUUCGGAAAAGACACACAAUAUGCGGAUCCAGCUAGUGGUGCUGUAACAGAUUUAAAAGGGGAGCAUAUUGUCCAAGUAGCAUUGGGUAAAGCUCAUGCUGUUGCAGUAAAUACAAAAGGCCAUGUUUUUACAUUUGGUAUAAAUAACAAAUAUCAAUGUGGACGAGAAUUUCCCCAUCAUGCUCGUGAAGCACCGAGUAAUAUACCAGAAUUAGGUUCACCGGAACAUAGUUUACAUGAACCGCAACACGAAGUGAAUCGUACUACUGACGUACAAUUAUGUCCUAAAUAUUGUCAUGAAUGGCAUGUGGAUCAGUGUAUGAUUUGUAAAGUUUGUGGAGAGUGUACCGGUUAUGGCAGUGCUUGUUACAAUGCAUUUUUUCCUGAUCGUUAUCCAGGACAAGAGUGUGGCUGUGGUGGUGGUCAAAGUGGAUGUGCAAUUUGUGGGUGCUGCAAGUCAUGCGGAGGAGGCUAUAUUAGCAAUUCAGAAACAACAUUACGUGAUAAAUCUAGAUAUUCAGCAAAUAACGUUUACGGCAGUAAAGAUGAACAAAAGAAGAAACAAAGAAAAGCAAGCAUAGUGUCGUCAAAACAUGCUGGUAAAUCAUCUAAUUCUCGUACGGGUAUUGUAAAAUCAGUUUCAAAGCAAGGGUCACAAACGAGUCUCACAAAUACUAUUGUUAAAGAGUCGGUUAUUGACGCUGACAAAGAUACCACACGUAUUGGAACAUUGCCACCAGGUCGAUUAUACUUACCAUCAGAAAGUCCUGUUAUUCAAGUUGCAUGUGGUCUUCAUCAUACGGUUUUGUUACUUCAAAAUGGAAUGGUUUAUACUUUUGGAUCCAAUCAAUACGGACAACUAGGAAGUGGUGAUAUUAUUGCUUUAACAGGCCCACAACUUGUUCGUGUUUCUGCUACACAUGUAGCUGCAGGCUCAAAUCACACUGUGAUUCUAACAAAUCGAGGGGAAGUGCACACUUUUGGAAAUCAUCAGAAUAAUCAACUAGGCCGAAGUGCCCCAACUGCAGAUCCAGAGAAUUCAUCAAAUACAGCUACUGCUGCUGAUGAUUUGAUUGAAUUGAGAUAUCCAUGGCAUGCUUCGCCUGGGCCUGUUCCACAUGUUGGUCAACGAUAUGGACGGAAAGCAACGUGGGUGGGUGCUUCUGGCGAUCAAACAUUUUUAAAAAUUGACGAAUCAUUAGUUAAUUCAUCUAGUUUAAGUCAAUCAAUUGUGAUUGCCAAUAAAAAUAGCAUCGUACUACUCCCAAGUCAAACUGAGCGCCAUAACAAUGUGAAAUGUUUAGUAAUAAAUCGACAUGAUGGGAGUUGCAAUUCUUAUUCUGGAAAAGAACAAAUUAAUUUUGUAGAUAUGGCAACGUGUAUGGAUCCUUUAUACAAUGUGAUUUGGGCAUAUCAUUUACAAAGCCAAGAAAUGUCCUGUUAUAAUGUUGUUGCUUGUCAAAUUCCUACAAUUGUUCAUACAAAUGAGACUACAAAACUAUUGAACUGUGAGUUAGCGUUACCGGUUGUCUCAAAUUGUCAAGUUACCCGCUCUCAAGCGGCGUUACAUUUAUUAUGCUGCUUGGAUACGUUAACUGUGGCGCAUGAUCUAAAAAUGACCGUAAAUUUAGAACUGGACGAAAAAGAUACAUCACCUACAAAGGCUUAUACAAAAGAUGAUUUUCAAGCUGUAAAUCGAUUUGAAAACUAUGGUGGUGGUUGGGGAUAUUCUGGUCAUUCUUGUGAAGCUAUUCGAUUUAUGGCUGAUACUGAUGUUUUAAUUGGCGGAUUUGGCCUAUUUGGUGGUCGAGGUGAAUAUACAGCUCGCAUCCGACUUUUGGAUUUGGGUAUGGAAGGUGGUGAACAUGAAGGUGAAGGAGAAUUAUUAGCUGAAACUGAAACUCAACACUAUGAAUGCCCUAUUCGACAAAAACAUCCCAUUCUUUUUGAUUCGCCAGUUCCCAUCAAGGCAAAUCGUUGGUAUUUAGCUUGGUGUAGAGUAUGUGGUCCAUCAAGUGACUGUGGAUCAGCGGGCCAAAGUAUGGUCAAUUCUGAAGAUCAAGUUGUAUUUUAUUUUAAAUCAUCAAAAAAAUCAAAUAACGGGACAGAUGUAAAUGCUGGACAAAUACCACAAAUUUUAUAUCGUAUUAUAACACCAGAAACACAAUCCACAACAAGACCACCUGAAACACAAGAACCUAUACAUAUUCUAAGUAAAGAAUUCUCUCGAUCAGUCACUAAAGACUGUUUUCAAUCACUUUUAGCCUUGUUACAAUGGUCAUGGAAUACAUUCAAAGUAGCUUUGAUUGAAACUCAAACGCCACAAAAUUAUUCACCAUUAGAAUUAGAACGUUUAGUUUAUAUUAGUCGGGCAAGUUUACGAUUAAUUCGUACUUAUAUCAGUGAAAUUUAUCCCAAUCAUAUAUUAAAGAAAACACAAAUGGAAAAUGUUUUAUUAGCACAGUGUAUUGGUGAUGUACGUGCUUUACUAAAACAAAUUUUAUCAGAUACAGUUCGAAAACGAAAAGGAAAGUCUCAUAAAUUAACAGAGAGUCAAAUAAAUAUGAUUAAUGGAAUAUUUGAUGAGUGCCAUUUAACUUUUGUAUCUUGUUUUCAUGCUUUUUAUCCAACCGCUUAUUUAAAAUGGACUUGCUUAUGUGAUCUUUUAUUAGAAAUGGAUAAAGUAAGUAUUUUAUUAAAUUGUUCUCAUCAUAAAAAUGAACGUUUACUAAGCGCAGUAGUAGCAGCUUUAUGUGGACCAACCAUUCGUUUACGAUCAUUAUGCCCUACGUUAUAUCGUAGCAAACAUUUGUCACCAGGACAUAGUUCUAAUGAUGGAGGCUUAAGUCCGUCAGAUAAUUCGGGAAUGCCAAUUAUGUCGCCAGGAGAUGGACAUUGUUAUCCUAUUUUAGUCGAACAAAUGAGUUAUCGCACGCAGUUGGAAGGAGGGAGUAAUGAAAUUAAUUGGAGUUUACGCGAAGUUGUCGAUCGACUUUUGGCAAUGGUUACUAAUCCAGUUCGAGCAAAAUUACUAGAACAAAAUCAUCAUAAUCGACAUUUACCAGCACUUACGAGACAUGCGUGUCACUUAUUGGCUAAACUAUUAGCGGAAUUAGCCUAUCAGUGUACAACAGCAGAUGAAGAAUUACAAGGUGGCUGUGGUCGCGGUCCAUUACAUUCAACCCCGUUACGAUUUGCAAGAACAAAUCAAUCACGUCCAUGGAAUACAGGAGGAGGUUCGCCUGAUGCUAUUUGUGUACGAGUUGAUCGGCCAGGUGUUGCUAUUUCUGGCGUAGCAAUUUACGCUGGUCAAGGGCAAUAUGAUUAUGAAUUGGAGUUAAUUGAAGAUACUUCAACUGGAGAUAAUCAAUCACAUACACAUUCACAAAGAUGGAUUAAUAUUGAAACAGUUAAAGGUUCUUUUGGACCGGACGAUUGUGUUUCAGAUAUUGUAGAAAUUAAAUUUGAAAAUCCAGUGCCAUUAAAAGAAAAUGUAAAUUAUGCCAUUCGAUUACGAAAUCAUGGAGGUAGGACAAACAAUGGAGAUGGUGGUUUCAGUAGUGUUAAAGGUCCUGAUGGGACAACUUUUACAUUUACUACGUGCUCAUUAAGUUUUAAUGGGACUACACAAACUCGAGGCCAAUUCCCCUAUGUACUGUAUUACAGUAACCCAUUAGACUUUAGCCAACACUCAAGUCGGAUGGCUUUGGAACAAGAGGCUCGUCAGUGUACUCUAACAAUGGUUGCAACCAUUUUACAAAAGUGUACAGAAUUACUGGUUUUAGCACGAGAAAAUUCCAGUAAUAGUCAGUCAUAUUCAUCGGGUGUUUCACCAUGUGAAAUUCUUGGAGAUGCAAGUGUAUUUAAUAUGCUUUUGCCAAAUAUAUUUGCACAUGUUAGUUCGAUUGUUUCUUCAGAUCCUAAGAGUGCUGUACGACUUUUAACUUUAAUACAAGAAAUGUUACCUCAUGUAUCUGCUUUGAAUUUGUUGGCUGCAGGUGAUACUCAAACUUUAACGCAGUCGGUGUGUGCAAAUAUGGAUAUAAGUUUAUUUACAACAAGUCAACAUUGUACUUGGAUUGAAAGCGAACACCCCUAUAAACCAGCAACAGUAUCGCAAUACAAAGUAUCAUUCCCAGAAUCUGUGAAAUGGUUAUCAUUAGAAUUCGAUCCAGCUUGUUCCCUAGCACAACCUGAAGAUUCCUUACAAAUAUUUGUACCAAAAAUUGACACACCCGCACCAUUUCAACAAACUGUUGCAAUACCAAACAACACUAACAUUGAUGAAAAUUAUCAAUGUUCAGCUCCCCUGUGGCCAGUGUUACAAAAGUUUACUUCAAGUUCACCAUGGCCACAAAACGCAGUAAUUUUACCCGGAAAUGAAGUACUUUUUUCAUUAGAAACAGCAUCCGAUUAUAAUGAACAUAAUGAUAAAGGCUUAGCAUAUGGAUUUAAAUGUUUAGUGUUUGGGUAUGAUUGGCCGUAUUUCAUUGGCAAUUCAGGCUUAAUUCAUUUAGAAGCUGAGUUAUCGUUCCUUGGGGGAAUGUGUGCUGCUAGUCUUAUGAAAAAAGAAUUGCCGUUGCCUGUUAUUAGUGAUGAAGAUUUGGAGAAAGAUAUCGAAAUGUGUGAAGUAAUUGCGCAGAAUGUAGUGAAGGAACAUGCACAUCUUCUAGGAAAAGGUUUGGCUCUGGCAAGUCCUCCAACAGCGAUGCAGGCACUAGAUGGAAAUCUACCUUACAGUGGAAAUUCAAACGAGCGUCUAUUCCUUCGAGAUUUUGUUCGAUGUGCUCCAGGAACUUCAGGUGGAAGAUUAGCGUUAUGGCUUCAACCUGACAGUCGAGUUGAUAUAUCAAAAUGUCAAGUUUUAUAUGCUCGAGAUGAUUUACGUGCUGGAUGGCCAGCCAUUGUUACUGUAGUCACACGUGAUCAAUAUUCUGAUGUUGUAAAUGUUCCUGGAUUAAUGGUAACCGUAAAAGCGAUGCAUAUUGAUAAACUGGAACUAGAUUGCAAUUCAGGGCGUAAAAUACGUCGUGUUAGUCAACCAGAACCAUUAAAACUUUCCACUCAACAACAACAAUCGUCACCAAUCCAUCAAAAUAAUGAAAAAAUUAACAAUGAUUGUGUCGUUGGAACAAAUGAAUCAAAUAUUAAUUUGGAUGAUGAAAAUGCUCCCGGUAUUCCAUUUUCAACCGGAAAUAAAUUGAAUGAAAAUAUUGAUACACAUCAUAUACCAUUAACACCAAAUCAACAACAGCCACAACCUGGAGGGCGUAAUACGGAACGAAUGCGAGUGCGUAAUAAUGGUGAUGGAACGUAUAGCGCGUCAUGGACACCAAAUACAGUUGGCUGUUAUUCAAUUUUAGUUGAUAUUGAUGGAUAUCAAUUGGAAGAGGCAUUUAAGGUGGAAGUAAAAGAACCACCACAAGGUUUAACACCACCCACACAACAAAAUAUUAAACGACCUCAACAACAACCAAAUAAACUACGUAAAUUUGUUGCAAAAAAUAGUGCUGGUUUACGGAUACGAGCACAUCCAUCAUUACAAAGUGAACAAAUUGGUAUUGUUCAUGUAAAUGGAACAAUUGCAUUUAUUGAAGAGAUCCAUAACGAUGAUGGUGUCUGGUUGAGACUUAGUGCUGAGACAAUCAAACAAUAUUGUGUAAAUCCUGUUAUGGAAGCAUGGUGUCUACAAUAUAAUCAACAUUUAGGAAAAACAUUAUUAUUACCAAUUGAAGAGCCAAAAUCAAUUUUGGAGCAACUUAUAAAAGAAACCAUACAAAAACGAAUGCCUGACGUGGCGAAAGAAAGUAAAUCAAAACAAAAUUCUUUGCCACCUGGACCAUAUACUGUAAUUAAAUGCGGCGCAUCCGGCCAUAAUGUACGUUCACGACCUAGUUUAUCAGCUACACCUAUUGGAAUGUUGGUAUUGGGUAAUCGUGUAAAUGUAAAACAAUGCGUUGUCAAUCCUGAAGGUGUAUGGUUAUUGUUGGAUGCACAAACAAUUGAUAAGUAUUGUUUUAACACGGAUGAUGAAGCAUGGACAUUAGCAUUGAAUCGUAACGAUGUUGUCUACUUAAAAGGUGAUUUUGAUAGUACAACAACUGAUUUGCAACGUGUAGGAACUGAAACAACCAAAAGUACACCUGGUACUGGAGAUACAACAUCAUCGCCCAAUAAACGUGGAUUCAAUUUUUCAAUUGCAUCAACAAGUAAAAUGCUUAUUGCUCCACCCGAUUCGUAUGCCUUUAAUUCACGCAACGAUCGCACAUCGUCUGGUUCAGCCGAUACCAAGUCAACAAAUCCAUUUGUAUUUGGCGAAGCAUCUACAACAAUUGAACAUACAAAUGAUUUCAAUCGUUCUGAUUCACCAAAAGUUCCGAGGAUUGAUAAACCAAAAGUCAUACAAAAAUUUCUAAAAGCGGAAGAAAAUAAACCAACUUAUAUUCCCGAUUCAAAGGAAAUUCCAGCCGAGUUAUCUGGUGUAUCUGUUAAAGAAUUAGUAAAGGCAAUUGGUGAAUCAAGGGCUAAUGGAAAUGGUGUUACACCACCGGAUACACCGCGUCGUUGCGCUAGUCCACGUGGAGGUAUUUCCCCAAGAAUUAGUAGUCGUAGUUCAAGUCCAGUUCCAAUUCCAGUGAGUGGUUCCGUGAGCCGCAGUGGUGUUCCAGGAGUGCCUGUUCCAAUGAUGAUUGGUCCAGUAUCUCAAAGUAUUUCAGGAGGAAGAUUUGUUCAUGAUAGUACAAGUAGUAGUCCUCAAGCAUGCGGCUCUUCCAGAAGUAUUGGGAUUUCACCAUUAGUAUCUGGUACUGGUGGAGGAGUGGAUAGUGGAGUAACAUCACAUAGACGUAGUUCAACUCAAUCCGAUACCAGCGCUUUGGUGAGUAGUCUAACGCGUGAUUUAUCACAAUCUCCUAGUCAAGCUACUGCAAAUACUCGAGAUCCAUCACCAACACCAAGUGGAUCAAGCUCUUUGCACAGUCCGCCUGAUAGUACGCCAAAUACACCUAACAAACAAAGAGAGGAAACUUCUGAAUGUAGUCCUAGAAAAAUGACACAAACUGGUACACAAACAUCACCAGAAAAUAGUACUAGUGGUACCACAGCAAUUCGUAGCCAUUUUUCAAUUGGCACAUCAUAUAAAGAUUCAACAAAUAAAUUAUCACCAAAAUCAUGUCGAAAAACACGUAGUGCAAAACGUGCAAUUUCACCAGCACGUAUGCAACCAUUAUUGCCAGCUCAACCAACAAACAAAAAUUUAACAUUUACACAAAAGGAGCCUGUAAAAAUAGCAAUUAGUCCUUCAGUUGCGGAAAGUCAUCGUGCUAUAUUUGCAGCAUUCAUUUGGCAUGAAGGAAUCGUUCACGAUGCGAUGGCAUGUGCAUCAUUCUUAAAAUUCCAUCCGAGCUUACCAAAAAAAGGUGCUUUGGUUGUUACACGGCAUGCAACAUCGACAUCUAAUCAAAAUCAACAAGUACCACAACGGCAUUCUGUUGAAGUGACUAAUGCUGGUAAUUACCUUCAUAUUCAACCGUCCACUUUAGAAACGUUAACACGUUCUGCAGCUAAUGCAAACGCAAAUCGUAAUCGCGCUAAAAAAGCGCAAGAUUCAGUUAUUAAAGAAGAAAUGAUAUCAGAUACUGCGUUUCAUACGGUAGCUGUCUUACCACCGGCAUUAAAAGCAUUGGUAUAUUUAUGGGAAGAAUUAGUUUCGAAUACAAUGCAAUCAGCAAUGUUGGAAGAAUUAUUAGCAUGUCCAUUUAGUAAAAUGAACCAAAAAGAAGAAAAAGCGGCAAAUAUAUCAAGAAAUAAUGCAAAAGAUAAACAUUUUACAAUUGUUGAACGUGAAACAAAGAAAAUGAAUAAAAAGAAAAUUGAAUUUCUACGACCGUACUAUAGAGAUGAAACACUGGUUUUUGAAGAUGGAAGUGCGGUCUUAGAAAGCGGUUCCGAAAGACAAACUGCAUGUGAAUUGUGUGGAGGAAGCUUUACACACCCAGUAACUUAUCAUAUGCGACAACAACAUCCUGGUUGUGGGGCUCAUGCUGGUGGUAAAGGAUAUAAUUCUGGUGGUAAUUUUUGCGUCGGUUGGGCUGGAGCUUGUGGUGAUGGUGGAAUUGGUGGUAGUACUUGGUAUUUAAUUUGUGAUACUUGUCGAAGUCGAUAUAUGAAAUCACGUAAAGUGUUAAAUAAAUCAGACAAAACUGGGUCAACGAAAACGAAAAGUAAUAAUGUGAAAAAGAAAGCGAUUGAAACAACAAGUACAUCCAUGCCUAGUUCGCCAGCUAUAUUAAAUACGUCACCUGCUAUUAACACACCUGAAGAAAGUCCUGUAAUUGAAGCUCACCGCAUAAUGAUGAAUAAUGCUAUGUUUUUAUUAGAAUUAGGCAGUGCUGCAGGAACUGGUAUAUCACCAAAUCCACGACGUUCUUCAAUUACUAACAUGCCAUCUGUAGCUGAAAAUUAUUCACCUCCGGAGAAUGGUGGUCCAUUUAGCCCGUUACCACCAUUUCAAUGUUUAACUGCACUAGGAUUAACUCCGCCUUACGACGAGCAUAUUUUUUAUGAUACACAAUUACGACUUAACAGCGUACCCGAACGAAAUUAUUGUUCACCAGGGCCAUCAUUAACUGGGCAACGGCCUUUAUCGGAAAUAUCCUUAUCAGAUAAUGAAUCAGAUUAUGGCAGAAAUUUACGUUUUCAUCGAUCUGUAUCGAUGGGGACAAAUGGGGCACCGUGGAGCAAAAGUGGCCAAGAUGGACGGAUUAUUAUGAUGCGAAAACGUAAUAACAGCAGCAUUGAAUUAUCAAAUGAAGGUGGAUCAUCUUUGCUAUGUCAUCCAUCCACAACAUUACAGAGACUUGUACCAAUGAUUGAUAACACGGCAAUUGUUUCAACCGGACAAAUUAACACAACAGAUGCGGACAUAGAACAUAAUGAACCAUUAAUGCUUUUACGACGACCAGUUUUAAAUUUUGUUCUACAACGCCAUGAUUUACAAGGCUUACAAUUCGCUUUAAAACAAGCUAUCCGUAAAGCUGCUUGUCGAGUUUAUGCAAUGCAGGCAUUUAAUUGGCUACUUCGAUCUGUAACGCAACCGAUAUGUCUUCAUGAUUUGUUGUGGUGGUUUGUAACAGCUUUAACACCAAUCGAUAUUGAAAAUGAAAAUGAAGAUGAUAAUAAAGAUAGCAAAGAUCAUCGUAAAACAGAUGAUAAUGAAAUUUUAAAUGUUUGUGAGCAUCCUUUAUCAGAUAUUGUAAUUGCUGGUGAAGCAGCUUGGCCAUUACCAUCUGCAUUUCAUGGUUUAUUACAAACAAUAUCUGAUAUUAUGCUGGCAUUACCAUUAGGAUCUCCGUUACAACAAGCGGCUGUCCGAUGUUGGGGUUUACGUUUUACACAUUCCGAUCAUUCAUUUCUACAUAGAUCUCAUGUAUUUAGUAAUAUUAGUAAAAUAUUAUCGCGAUCUGAAGAAAUGGAGGAUAGUAUUAUUUCAAUUUGUGAAAGUCAUCAUUCUGUUGCAAAUCAGCCAAUUACUAGUGUUGUGGAAUGUCUACAAGAUUUAACACCGUAUCUUGAGGUAAAAUCAUCUAGUCGACCUGCAAUGACAAAUUGUCUAACAGAUAGUUCAACAGAAACUUUUUGGGAAUCAGGUGAUGAAGAUCGUAACAAAACAAAAUGGUUGAAUAUUUCAUGUGCACCACAUCAUCAACCACAUAUAAUAUUUGUUUACAUUGAUAAUUGUAGAGAUCCAGCCAAUAAAAUCACCAACAUUGUUUUUUAUUCUGGAACAAAUACGGAUGAUUUAAUUAAACUGAAAGCAAUUGAAUUAGAAACUCGAUUGGUUGGAUGUUGGAUAAACUGUUACAUUCACGAUGAAACUCACAGUGCCAUAAGAUUAGAACUUAAAGGUCCGGAUAAUACAUUACGCGUUCGUCAAAUUCGUGUUUUAGGACGAGCUCCAAUAAAUACAUUAAACAGAUCAAGAGCACAUCGAUCUGGCCAUGCAAAUGUUCCUAUUCAUCCUGCUAUACUUCAACAACGUGCUUGUGAAGCAGAAACAUUACGAGUGUUUCGUCUCAUUACAUCACAAGUGUUUGGUAAACUUAUUUUGGGUGAAGGUAGUCCAGAGAUUGGUGCAAAUCGAUUAGCUGAUAGUGGAACUUCGUUAAGUACUAGUGAUACAGGAGAACCACCAGAAGAGAGUACUGAACUUCGUGAACAUAUGGUUGGAAUUCUGUUCAGUCGUAGUAAACUCACACAUUUACAGAAACAAGUUAUUGUUCACAUUGUACAAGCAAUUCGUAAAGAAUCAUAUCGUAUUCGUGAUGAAUGGGAAACUGCUUUAGAAGGAUUAACAUCACCCACAUCAGAUAUACCACAAACAGUAAGCCCCACAAAUAAUAGACAAGUUGAAACACCAUCAGCUGAUAAAACUGUUACUGGAGGCACAAAUACAUCAUCAAUAGAUUCUCCAAAAGCUUCAGAUACAUAUUGUUUUGAAAUGCUUUCAAUGGUUUUAGCAUUAUCUGGUAGCUCAGUGGGUCGAGCAUAUUUAUCCCAUCAAUAUGGUCUUAUUAGGGAUUUAUUAAGUUUACUUCAUACUGGUAGUGCUCGAGUACAGCGUCAAGUUACAUCAUUAAUCCGUCGAAUUCUUCCUGAAAUAUCGCCAUCAACAUUUGCUAAUGUCAUGGAAAUUGAUCAUUUACCACCGACUGAUUUUAAUAUCAUUACAACAACCAAUAAAAAUGCUGAUAGUUCGGAACCGUUUGAUGUGCACAGGGCUGGUAUUUUGGAUGUCUUCCUGGCAUGUAUUGCAAAAUCUUUAACAGUUCAAGUAAAAAUUAAAGGGAAUGAAGCAGCCAAUGGUAGCAAUAACAAAGGUUUGAGUACCGUCACAUUAGGAACCUGUAUUCGAUCAACAUUUAGCUCCGAUCCUAGAUGGUACUUACGAAGUACAACAAAUCGUAAACUUGCUGAAAUUAUUGUACAACUUAUUAAAGAUAUGGCAUCGGGAAAAUUAUCGGAAGCAUGGGCUAGUGUCACAAAAGGUGCUAUAGCUGAAAAUAUUUUAUCAUUAACUCGUUUAUCAGAAUCACAAAGGAUUCCUAGUGAAUGUUUGCAAACACCAACUAUUUGGCUAGCACUUGCAUCGCUAUGUGCAUUAGAUCCAGAACAUGGAAAAAGAUUAUCAUCCGCACAAUGGGGUCAUCAAAAUGAUGGUCAACCAGCACCGCCAAGACCGACUUGUAGUAACCAUGAUGAUGGCGUAACUUAUGCCAUUAUUCAGUGUAAUGUUUGUGGUAACCUUUGUGCCGAUUGUGAUCGAUUUUUACAUUUACAUCGCAGAACAAGAAUGCAUCAAAGACAGGUUUGCAAAGAAGAAGAAGAGGCUAUUAAAGUUGAAUUACACGAAGGUUGUGGUCGAACAAAACUAUUUUGGCUAUUAGCAUUGGCAGACGCAAAUACUUUAAAAGCUUUAGUUGAAUUUCGUUCGGGUGGUACUCGUAUCAAUAUUGCAGGAAGUGGUACUGGUGUUUGUCGUUUUUGUGGGGCUACUAGUAAUAGUGGAUUAUUGGCAAUCGGUAAUGUAUGUGCCGAUCAUGAAUGUCAGGAAUAUGCAAAAACCGCUUGUAAUAAAGUUCAUUCAUGUGGACAUUUAUGUGGUGGAGUUAAAAAUGAAUUGAAUUGUUUACCUUGUUUACAAGGAUGCACUCCAGGAUCUGAUUUACGACAGGAUGCAGACGAUAUGUGUAUGAUCUGUUUUACAGAAGCAUUAUCAUGUGCGCCAGCUAUCCAAUUAAAAUGCGGACAUGUAUUCCAUUUACACUGUUGUCGUGCAGCUUUGUUAAAACGAUGGGCUGGACCAAGAAUUACUUUUGCAUUUUCUCAAUGUCCAAUUUGUAAAGCGACAAUUGAACACGAGGCUUUAGCAGAUGAACUAAAAAGUGUUCAAGAACUUUAUAAUGAUGUACGACGGAAAGCUUUAAUGAGGUUAGAAUACGAGGGUGGUCGAAGUGGUGAAAUGCCUUCACAUAAUGACCCUGCAGCUUAUGCAAUGGACAGAUAUGCUUAUUAUGUCUGUUAUAAAUGUAAAAAGGCAUAUUAUGGAGGUGAAGCUAGAUGUGAUGCUGAAAUGGGUACUGAAUAUGAUCCUACGGAAUUAGUAUGUGGUGGAUGUUCGGAUAUUGCCCGCGCACAAAUGUGUCCACGUCAUGGAACCGAUUUCUUAGAAUAUAAAUGUCGUUAUUGCUGUUCUGUAGCUGUAUUCUUUUGUUUUGGUUCUACACAUUUUUGUAAUGCUUGUCAUGAAGAUUUCCAAAAAAUUACUGGAGCGUCCAAAUUAGAAUUACCACCAUGUCCAGCAGGUCCAAAAAUGAAAAAACUAGAAGGUGAAGAGUGUCCAUUACAUGUUAAACAUCCACCCACCGGUGAAGAGUAUGCCCUGGGUUGUGGAGUAUGUAGAAAUGCACAUACAUUCUAAUUAUUCUUAAGAUAAAUAUUAUAAA